AUGACGACAAAUUCAGCUUAUGAUUUUCAUCGUUUAAUGUAUCUUCUCGAUACAAAUAAUCUCGACGAUGCACGGCUUUUAUUGAAACGGCAAUCAUUAAUGACGCUCAAUAAUCUCUUGGAUAAAUUCGAUAACGACGAUAAUCCAUUGUUGCAUCGUUAUGUUCUUCGAAAUCAAGCAGACGCUGUACAUUUAUUAUUGGAAUAUGGUGCUUCGGUUUAUUCAGUGAAUAAAUAUGGUUGGCUACCUAUACAUUUAGCUGCUUAUUGUGGACAUGAUAAGGCUAUUCUACAAUAUUUACUGGAAUUCGAGAAAAGGUAG